AUGGAAAAUUUGAAAGAUGGGGAGGACAAAUAUUCAGGAGACUGGUUCCGAAACAAAGUCUUCUUUUAUGAGAAGGAAGUGGAAAUAGAGCAUCCCCAUGUGCUUCGCUCAGUUACCUUCACUGCUAGUGGGUUUAAUGAAAUGUCAAAUUUGAGGGUAGAGAGAUUCAUUCGAGAUGUGAUGCAGGAGGCCAAUUCCACUGCAAUUGACAUAUAUUGGGAUUUUUCAUCCGCAAAAUUUGGUUUUGGCCCGGAACCGCUAGAGGGGUUCUAUUUAGCUGUUGCAUUUAACCAAGAACUUGUCCUGCUCCUCGGGGAUUUGCAAAAGGAUGUGUAUAAGAAAAUAGGUCCUAGCCCUGUUGCAUCUAAUGCGGUGUUUAUUGCCAAAAGAGAGCGCAUCUUUGGGAAGAGAGUAUACACUACAAAGGCUCAAUUCUGUGACCACGGGCCGAUACAUGACAUCGAAAUUGAGUGCGAUACUGGGGGGAUUAACGAUCCAUCUCUGGCCAUCAGCUUGGAUAGCAGAGCGGUGUUGCAGGUGAAGCGGCUCCGGUGGAAGUUCAGAGGGAACCAGACUAUUUUGGUGGAUGGACUGCCGGUGGAAGUGUUCUGGGAUGUUCACAGUUGGUUCUUGGGAAUGUUAUGGACAAUGCUGUUUUCCUGUUUCAAACCUGUCUCUCGGCUGAGAUGCUGCGAAACAGAGGGUUUUCUUAUUCUUUUUCCCCAAAGCAGCAGCUGUACAAAAUUAUUGAUGCAGGAGUUAGACCGGCCGGGUGCCUUUUGGUUCAGAGUUUUAGAGAAUAAGAAAAUUUGUGUUAACUUUGAAUCAAUUUGA